AUGAGGCAUUGGUUACUGAGCCUAGGUGCACUCCUCGCCAGCGGAGGUUCAACCAAUGCGGCAUUCUGUCGCUGCCAGCCCAGUCAGCCUUGCUGGCCAAGUGAAGCCAAUUGGGCUGCCCUGAACUCUUCAGUCGAAGGCAAUCUGGUUGCAGUGAAGCCAUUCGGAUACCCCUGUCAUGACCCCAACUUCAAUGAUGCCGAGUGCACCAUCGUAAAGGAGAAUACAUACAGUUCUUCCUACAGAUCAUCCCAGCCAGGUGCCCUGCAAUGGGAGAAUUGGGAAUCAUGGCCCGAAGAAGAGGAGCAAUGCUACGUCGAGACUGAUCAAUCAACACCGUGCAAGCAAGGUCGCAUAUCACUAUUCUCUGUCAUAGCACAGACGGCAGAACAUAUCCAGGCGGCUGUCAAGUUCGCAGCCCAUCAUAAUAUCAAGCUUGUCAUCAGAAAUACUGGACAUGAUUUCCUUGGCCGGUCUUCUGCGCCGCAUUCUCUACAGAUUUUUACCCAUGGUUUCAAAAACAUCUCUGUUGCCGAUGAAUUUGUACCCAAGACACCAGCUGGGACGGCUAUGUCGGAGAAGAUCAAGGCUGUGACCCUUGGCGCAGGUGUCCAAUUACGCGAGAUGUACGCGUAUCUGGGUUCCAAAGGUCUGAUGGUCGUAGGAGGAGCCUCAAACACAGUUGGCGUUGCCGGUGGCUACAUACAAGGAGGCGGACAUUCAUUUCUGGGCUGGAUGCACGGAAUGGCCAGUGAUAACGCGCUCGAGUUCCAAGUUGUUCUCGCAGAUGGCUCACUCGUAUUUGCAAACGCCUAUCAAAACAUCGAUCUUUUCUUUGCAUUACGAGGCGGUGGUGGCGGGUCAUUCGGCGUGGUUGUCAGCGUGACUGUCAAGGCCUACCCUGAUUACCCGGUAGUAUACACGAUGACGAACUACAGCACGAAGGCUGGUGAGCCAUUCUGGAAUGGUGUUGACGCUUUUCACAAGCAUAUUGUUCGUCUCAAUGACAAUGGUGGUUCGGGCUGGUAUGCGAUUAUCCCCGAUUCCAGUUCCGCGACUCCCGGCGUGUCAACAUUUUUGACAAUGCAAGCAUUCGUUAACCAAACAAACACUAAAUCCAUUGAGGAGCUCAUGUCGCCGGUGGUAUCAGACCUGAAGAACGCAACGGGGGUUGCACCCUUACAUGGCAUAGUGGCAUUCCCUUCCAUGUCGAGCAUGUACCUGGCAAUGUUCUCAGGCAACGAUACAACCGGCCUCCAAACACGUUUGGCAUCUCGUCUUGUCUCGCGCUCGUUUUUUGAGUCGGGAAAUUCCACGCAGCUCACCAAAGGCCUCGCGGGUCUCAGUUUUGGCCCGGAAGAAGCAGUGGUCGGUGUUGUUACUGGUGGCCAGGUUUCCAGGAACCGUGAUAUCAAGUCUGGACUUAACCCUGCAUGGCGGGAUACGUUAGUUCAUGUGAUUAUUGUGCGGUUUAUGAGUGCGGAGAUGACGUUUGAAGAGCAGGAAGCUGUUGCUUCCAAUAUCACACAGCAUGAUGUGCCCAUGCUCAGAUCUCUUGAGCCAGGGAAAAUGGGUGCGUACGGGAACGAGGCUGAUGCAGAUGAAGUGGAUUUCCAGGAAUCAUUUUGGGGUGAGAAUUAUCCUCGGUUACGGGGUAUCAAGAAAUUGAGGGAUCCUCGUGAUCUGUUUAUCGUUCGGAAGGGAGUGGGAAGUGAAAGUUGGGAUGAUAGUGGACUAUGCCGUGUUUCUUAG